CUGCGAGAGACUGGGUGGAAACAACCCAAUCUCAACACACCUUGAUGCAUUCUCUCCUCUGCAUGGUCUUGUUUCUUUGCUACGAUGUUGCGCCAGUGUGGGAUUCGAUCCAGUCUGGGUCGAGCGGCUAGAAAUCCGGUCUUUCGACAACAGACCAAGAAGUUUCAUUACGCGAAACGCUCCCCAGCAACCCAGCUGAGGUACCUGACAGCUACUGGUCUUGCCGCCACGUCGGGCCUGUAUUGGUGGUGGUCUUCCUCAGCCAACAGAGAUGGUGUGCCCCUGCCUGAUGAAGCACCUGCUCAGAAUCUAUUCGCCCAGCCUUCUUUCUCCCACGAUGAAGUUACACGCAUUCUAUCCAAAGACUCAUACUCCUUUUCAGUGCGAGAUGUUCCUGGCAUCGACCGUCAUGAUGGCGCCCAGCUCGCAUCUAACAGCCCCUGCGAGGACCGGCUAACCUAUGCCAAGUUUUCUUCCUCGUGGCACAGCGACAAAAAACCCUGGAUGGCGUGGGCAGUUUUCGACGGUCAUGCCGGCUGGCAGACGGCAGAACUCCUCAAGAAUCAGCUCGUUCCCUCUGUGCGUCACAGCCUUAGCCAGGUGACGCCUAUUCCGGACGUAAACCAGUCGGUCGCAGGCGAAUAUACGGUCCCAUGCGCCAUCAGCAAUGCAUUCGUGGAUCUCGAUGAUGCCAUUUUCAAGACCGCCUUGGAGGCGUCGCAGAGUAAUGAGCCUCUACACCAGAGGGUCCGCGACCUUCUCCCGGCCUUUGCUGGCUCCUGUGCAUUACUAUCGAUCUUCGAUCCGGACACCAGUGUAUUACACGUGGUAUGUACUGGUGACUCACGCGCCGUGCUUGGACGACAGCAGCCCGACGGGAGGUGGGAAACAAUUCCUCUGUCCAUUGAUCAGACUGGGAGCAAUGAAGAAGAGAUUGCCCGAAUUUAUAGCGAGCACCCGGGCGAGGAAGACAUUGUUCAAGGUGGACGCGUACUGGGACUAAUGGCCUCCCGGGCGUUUGGGAUUGUCGGUGGAAAUGGCCCGUGGAGUUCCAGCAGGAAAUUCGCCAAUGAUUUUACGGCCCCGCACCGCUGACCCCCCGCUACGACAUUCGCACCCCGCCCUAUGUGACUGCCCAGCCGGUCGUUACCACCGUCAGCAUUGAUCCGAAACAGCCUUCGUUCCUGAUCAUGGCUACGGAUGGUCUGUGGAAUAUGCUCUCCAGUCAGCAGGCGGUCGAACUGCUGUCUGGAGGCGCGGAGACUGGGAAGGGCAGCGCCACAUCCCCCGCAGCCUCCGACGAACCCUUCGAUUUUGGUCAUUUCUGGGAAGGCGUCAACUGGAAGUUUGUGGAGGGCCGAACGACCGUGCAGGAUGACAAUGUGGCGGUGCACCUGGUGCGUAAUUGCCUUGGUGGCAGCGAUCUCGAGUUGUUAAAAGGGAGAUUGUCCUUUGACCCUCCGUUCUCCCGGACUCUGCGUGAUGAUAUUACUGUGCAGGUGGUGUUUUUCGGGGUUAUGAAGAAUAGA